CGCGGCAGUCGCUGUGAAUGAGCCUCGUGACGCCAUACGAACUAUUCCUCACUCUUCCUUUCCGUUGUCCUCCCGUGAGUGGAACAUGUCGCAUACUUCUGAACGACGAAAUGAUGAUCAAUGGCCAGGAGAUUCAAAAAAUGGCCCUAGUGAAAGUGAGCAACCCACGUACGAUGGGCCUCCGGGAAUGGACCCUGAUGGCAUCAUCGAGUCCAACUGGGACGUUGUUGUCGAAAAUUUUGAUGAAAUGAAUUUGAAAGAAGAACUAUUGCGUGGAAUAUAUGCUUAUGGUUUUGAAAAACCGUCGGCAAUUCAACAACGUGCCAUUUUACCAUGCAUAAGGGGACUCGAUGUCAUUGCUCAGGCCCAAUCUGGUACUGGCAAAACUGCGACAUUCUCGAUAUCGAUUCUUCAACAAAUUGACACUAGUAUUAAAGAAUGCCAGGCUUUGAUCCUCGCACCAACUCGUGAGUUAGCCCAACAAAUCCAAAAGGUCGUUAUCGCGCUAGGCGAUUUUAUGCAUGCUGAAUGCCACGCGUGUAUUGGUGGUACGAAUGUACGCGAAGAUAUGCGUAAAUUAGACCAGGGUGUCCACGUGGUAGUUGGCACACCCGGCAGAGUUUACGAUAUGAUCAGUCGAAGAGCGCUACGCGCAAGCAGCAUCAAACUGUUUGUCCUGGAUGAAGCCGAUGAGAUGCUGUCGCGAGGAUUCAAAGAUCAAAUCCACGAUGUUUUCAAACUAUUGCCCAAUGAAGUGCAGGUUAUUCUAUUAUCUGCCACAAUGCCGUCAGAUGUUUUGGAUGUAUCCAAAUGCUUUAUGAGAAAUCCCAUUCGUAUUUUGGUUAAGAAAGAGGAGCUGACACUUGAAGGAAUUAAACAGUUUUUCGUUUACGUUGAACGUGAAGAUUGGAAGUUGGAGACUCUUUGCGACCUGUACGAUACUCUGAGUAUCACUCAGGCUGUUAUCUUCUGCAAUACGCGCCGCAAAGUAGAUUGGUUAACGGAGAGUAUGCACAAACGUGACUUUACCGUCUCUGCUAUGCAUGGCGACAUGGAACAGAAGGAACGUGAUCUCAUUAUGAGGCAGUUCCGCACUGGCUCAUCCAGAGUUUUGAUCACCACCGAUCUCCUGGCGCGUGGUAUAGAUGUGCAGCAAGUGUCGUUGGUCAUUAAUUAUGACUUACCUUCGAAUCGUGAAAAUUACAUUCACAGAAUUGGUCGUGGUGGUCGUUUUGGUCGUAAAGGUGUGGCCAUUAACUUCGUGACAGAAGAGGAUAAGAGAACUUUAAAAGACAUUGAACAAUUCUACAACACUCACAUCGAUGAGAUGCCAAUGAAUGUCGCUGAUUUGAUCUAAGCCUCAAUUUUAUUGGCUAUAAUUCAUUAUAAUAAAAAAAAUAAUAAAAAGCAGUUUUGGGCAGUCCAGACGUGGGCGAGAUAUUUUUGGAAAUAAAGACCAGAUUUCCUGAUUCAAAAUAGAAGUUUUGUAAAUCGAUUACCUCUCUAAACUCCUGCUUCUCAUGGGCUCUGACACUAUAUGUAUUUUCUUUACCUUUUUUUUAUAUUUUUACACUUUUUAUUAAUAAUUGGCUUGGAAAUAUUAUUCGUUAGAUUUAUCAAUGUGAGAAAUUUUCUGUAAACAUUCUUUAUUAUCAUCAUUUGCAAGUUUUCGUGCACGAAACUUAUCAAUAUCAGAUGAAAUAAAAAAAAAAUAUAUAUAUAUAUAUUGUGAGAACUUUUGUAUCGUGUCUUUAUGAUUAAAAAUAUUACGAUACGUA